AUGGACGAACCCUCGCUGCAACUCGUCUCUCAAAUCGGAACUCACCUCGCUCUUCGAACUCGUCCAAACAAAGACUUCAUCGUCAAAUCUCUUCGAAAAGCUGCAGAUGCUUUGUCUAAGUUAGAACAGUCUCCUCAGCCGGAAAUAACUAACUGUGUACAAGCUUCAAAGAAACGAGAUGUUGCUUUGAAGCCGCUGAUUGAUGCUGUGGUUUAUAGUGGUUUGCUUUGUCAUGAGGAUAAGGAUGUCAAACUUCUCGUUGCCAUUUGCGUCACUGAGUUACUUAGAGUCAUGGCUCCUGAACCCCCUUUUGAAGACAGGCAUUUAAGGGAUGUAUUUAAACUCAUCAUUGGUUUGUUUGCGGAUCUAGCUGAUACUUCGAGUCCAUUAUUUUCUAAAAGGGUUAAAGUAUUGGAUACUGUGGCUCAAUUAAGGUGCUGUGUGUUAAUGGUUGAGAUUGACUGCAUAGACCUUGUUCUCGAGAUGUUCAAUGUUUUCUUCUCAGCUGCGAGAGAGGAUCAUCAUUAUAGUUUGAUUAAUGCCAUGUCUUCUAUAAUGAUAAGCAUGUUGAAUGAGUGCGAGAAAGCUUCUCAGAAACUAUUGGAAGUGAUUUUACGAAAUCUUAUAAAGGGAAAAAAAGACGCAACUUGUGCUUCUUAUCAACUUGCUGCAUCAGUAAUCCGAAAUUGUGCUCAGGAGGAUGAGCUGAACUCCAUAGUUUGCAGCUUUUUAUCUUCUUGUAUAUAUGACAGAGACGCCGUGGGCAGCGGGCUCAAAGAAUUUUACCAUGAAAUCAUCUUUCAAGUUUUUCAGUGCGCGCCUCAUAUGCUUCUUGCGGUCAUCCCUAGCUUAGUUGAAGAGUUAUCGGCUGAUCAGGUCGAUGUUCGGUUAAAAGCUGUUAAUUUGGUGGGGAGACUUUUUGCACUUCCUGAACACCAUGUUGCAAAGAAGUUUCAUGAUCUUUUUUUGGAGUUUCAGAACAGAUUUUCUGAUAAGUCUGUGGAUAUAAGAAUUAGUGCUCUACAAUGUGCCAAAGCUUUCUAUGCGGCAGAUCCUUUUGGGAGAGAAUCACUUGAAAUCAUCCCAUCUGUACAAGGUCGAUUAUUAGACUUUGAUGACCGAGUUAGGAUGCAGGCGGUUGCUGUAGCCUGUGAUAUUUGCAGUUUAAACCUGAAGCACGUUCCCGUGAAACUAAUGGCUGAAGCCACCGAAAGACUUCGCGAUAAAAAGAUAUCUGUUAAAAAGAGGGCCUUGCAGAAGUUGGUGGAAAUAUAUCACUCUUACUGUAAGAAAUGUUGUGAAGGAAGCAUGGAAACUAUUGAUCACUUUGAAGAGAUUCCAUGUAAAAUUUUGAUGCUUUGCUAUGAUAAGGAUUGCAAAGAGUUCAGACCACAGAGCAUGGAAUUGGUUCUUUCUGAUAAUCUAUUUCCUGAGCAGCUUUCUGUUGCGGAAAGGGCAAAGCACUGGAUACACAUAUUUUCUCUUUUCAGUUCUCUUCAUGAAAAGGCACUGAAUACUAUUUUGAUUCAAAAGAGAAGGCUGCAGAAUGAGAUGAAAAACUAUUUGGCUUUACAGAAGAAAUUAAAGGAAAUUUGUGCUGAAGAAACAGAGAAGAAAAUUGAAUGUGUGUUUACGAAAAUGGCUGCAUCUUUCUCUGAUUCUCACAAAGCAGAAGAGUGCCUUCACAAGUUAAACCAAAUCAAAGAUAAUAACUUGUUUAAAUCUCUUGAAAAAUUAUUGGAGGAACCAACUUUCACAAUUGGGCAAACCAUCAAAGAUGACCUUCUUGUAAUGAUUGGAAACAAAAAUCCAAAUUAUGAGUUUUUACGUUCACUCUUCUCCAAAUGUUCAUGUAACAUUUUCAGCUCAGAGCACGUCCAGUGUAUUUUAGAUUAUUAUCUUUCCAAUAAUGAAGGUGAACUUAAAGACUUGAAGGGUUCUUCUGGAAAUCUUCUGCUGGCUAUUGUUAGGAUUUUCCCCUCACUGCUGAAAGGCUCGGAGAAGCAGUUGCAAAUGUUGUUGGAGCAUACAAGUCCCUUAAAUGACAAGCUGUUUGAGAUUAUAGCAAUGGCAGGUCCUAACAUUUCUUUAAAUCUGAGUGGUAUUUAUCCCUUUCUAGUGAAAAUGUGCUUAUGUGGAACACGCAGACAGGCCAAAUUUGCAGUCUCUACUAUUGUUUCCUCAAGUUUUGAACAUUCAGUUGUCUCAAAAUUAUUUGAGACACUAAUUUAUUCUUUGAAUAGCCAAUGGAAUGUCCCAACGAUAAUGCAAAAUCUGGGAUACACUGCACAAUGCUCUGUUUCAGCUUUUGAAACUCAAGUAGAAGAGAUCACAUCAUUUAUAUGCCAGAAGCUUAUUCAUAUGGAGUCUUUGGAUGACAAUGAUUUGACAUCCUUGUAUGGUACCUCUCAGUGCAGCAAAUCUUCUCAAUUGAAGUGGAAUGUGCCAACAAUUUUGCAAUCACUGGGAUGUAUCGCACAAUGCUCUGUUUCAGAUCUUGGAUCUCAAGCUGAAGAGAUCACAUCACACAUAUGCCAGAAGAUUAUUCAAAUGGACUGUUUGAAUAGUGAUGAUCUGAUCUCCUUGCAUGAUACAUCUCAGUGCAGCAAAUCUUGUCAAUUAAAGAUUUAUGGGCUGAAAGCACUAGUAAAGAGCUUUUUGCCUUACCAUGGGAACCACACGAAGCAGAACAUUAAUGGACUCAUGGAUAUUAUAUCAAGAACACUACGGGAAAGUGAUGGUUUCGUUGAUAGUGAAAAUGAUAAGGCUCAUAUCAGAUUAGCUGCUGCAACGGCAAUUCUUCGUCUUGCUAAGAAGUGGGAUUUACAUAUCACUCCAGAAGUUUUUCGCUUCACUAUUUUGAUUGCAAAGGAUUCCUCUUCUUUUGUUAGAAGCAAAUUUCUCAAUAAAGCUCAGAAGUUGUUGAAGGAGCACAAACUACCUAUCAGAUUUGCUUGUACUUUUGCAUUGGCAGUGACUGAGAGCAUCGAUGAUCUGAGGUUUCAAAACUAUAAACAUAUGGCAGAGUUUAUUAAGGAUUACAAUAUAGCAGCUUGCAAACGACAGCCUUCUUCUGUUCGAAGAGCAAUUGUUGAUUACCCUGCAUACGUUAUGGUGUACUUGAUUCAUGUGCUUGCUUUUAGUAAUGACUUUCCUGAAUCCUGUCAAAAUGAAGAAGUGUAUGCUAAGUUCUGUAGUCCGCUCUUCUUUCUCAUGCAGGCAUUGGUCGAUAUCAGUAAUGUUGAUGGUGACCUGGAGCUUGUUAAGGAUGCUGUCUUGUCUCUAUUUAGCAUUUUUCAAGCAUUAAAGAAAGCUGAGGAUUCUGUUGAUGCACAUACUACCAUUAAGCUGCACAAGCUGGCUGAAAUAGGUAUAUUUACUUUAAAUGCACUAAGUCCUGUUGAAAUUUCUGUAUCUCAAGCCCCACGACAAAUUUUGCUUCCUUCAUCAUUGUAUAGAGCGAGUCUCCCUAACAAUGAAGCUAAUUCAAAAUGUCAGAAAUGCUUUUUUGAUAAAAGUUUUCUAAGUAGAGUCUUUGAAUUGCUUAAAAACUCUGGUGCCUCUCAGACAUAUGCUCAAAAGCCUACAAAAACACUUCCUAAACCUGUUCGCAAGGGUCAACAAGAUGUCCCAAGGUCUAAAGUUAUUAUUUGCAGCACGAGAGGCAUAACCGAUGCUAAAACUGUGAAGCCAAAUACAUCUUUAGAGAAAAGGAGAAAAAACGUGCCUCCAUCUGAUUCUGGAUCAUUUGGUUUGCAUGAAUGCUCUACAGUUGCGAAACAACAAAAAUUAUCAUCAAAACAAGUUGACAAUACUUCUGAAAGAAACCAGUUUUCAUCUAAUGAUUCAGUGAGCGGCAAGGGUUCUCUGGUUGAAUCACGUGUGCAGACCCGUGGAUCGAAAAGAGCUGCGAUUUGUUCAUUGGAGAAUGCUGUGACAAGUAGUAAACAUACAGGUCAACAUUUCAAAUGCCCUAGAAACAACCUCAAAGAUACAUGUGGCUCUAAGACACGAAAUGCACUGGCAGAUGUUUCAAAUCAAAAUCUUAUCUCCCACCGUAAUCCCAGUGAGCAUUCUUCUCUCAGUAGUAUAAAGCAAACUCCUGCUAUAGCAGGAUGCCGGGCAGCCAAAAAGGGCACAUCGCGGUGCAGAAAAAAUCUUGCUGCAGCAAGUGUGAACGUUAGCGAAAAGUGUACAGAAGCAAUAACAUCAUCAGAAGUUGACAAUACGAGCGUACAUGCUGUUAGAAGAACAAGACGGAAAGUAUAA